AUGAAGUACUUCACAGCACUACCCCUAGCGGCCGUACUUGCCUCCGCCGAGAUGCAGGUUAUGAGCCUUGCCCCCGAGGUCGCAGCUGGCGCGAUGACGCACACUGUCGUCGUUGGUGGAGUCAAGCCCGUCGAGACUGGUAUGGCACCCGUACUAGGAUACAACCCCGAGUCCAUCAAGGCCGCUGUCGGCGACAUGGUCGUCUUUGAAUUCAUGCAGAAGAACCACACUGCCACUCAAUCAACUUUCGCCGAGCCCUGCAAAAAGAUGGAGGGAGGCAUGGACUCCGGCUUCAUGCCCAACCCCGAGGGCAAGGCUGGUGUCACAUGGAACAUGACCGUCGAGACGACAGAGCCGCUCUGGUUCUACUGCAAGCAACAAAACGGCAUCCACUGCGGAAAGGGCAUGGUCUUCAGCAUCAACGCCGCCGAGACUGGCGACAAGACCAUGGCCGACUUCAAGGGCCUAGCCAUCAAGACCAACGGCACCGGCCUCGUCGCCGGAGACCUCCAGUCCGUUGACCCCGGCGCCGCUGCCGCCCCUACCACCGUCACCGUCGAGGCUGGAGGUGCCGCCGCAACUGGUACUGGCACCGGUGCCCUCGCCUCCGCCACCGUCGUCGCUGGACAAGGAACCGACGGUGCCGGCCAGACCUGCUCCUGCCAAUGCCUCUGCGGCAUGGCCUCCUUCCCCGAGACCGCCGCCAUCAACAACUUCGGCGGUUUCCCCGGCAUGAUCGCAUAG